CAUCAGCCCGCAAAAACUUGUAAGUUGUUGUUAUGGCGUCUUACCUGUUCUGGUGAAUGAGUCGAAAGUACAGGCGCUAAAUUUGCAGUUAUCAUGGCAGACGACUGUAGCACGUGUUACCAACCAGUUCUGAACACGAUCGAGGGAUUCCUGAAAAAAAACAACGAAUUAACCAACGAAAAUAAAGGACGACUGACAAAACUUGGUGAAAUUUCUGAAGUCGCAGCAAGUAUCGAAAAAGAAAAAGACGAAGGUAAAGAGACAUCUAGAGUCCAUCAAUGCAAAGCGCUCAUAAAGGACAUUUGCAACACUCUACUAAUUGGGCCUUACACGGCGCUUGUAACUAGACUCUCAGACGCCUUCAGCAUGGUUAAUGAAAUGGAAAACCGACAGAAAGAGGAACAAUCAAUUAAACUUCCAAAAGCCAUGCAAGGAAGGGUCGAUGCAGUUAAUCAGUACCUCGAAAGAGCCAAAGGACAGUUGAAGGAGAUCGAUGACACCCUUCGUCACCUGACACCAAAGAUAAACGAGGCAAAGAAAAAGCAAUUUGAAGUCUCAGAGGAGGAGAUCACUGAUUUGGAAAUGGCUGCAGCUGAUGUGAAGCGUGCGUUAGACGCAUGUAAGACAUAUCUGGACGGAGCCGAGAACGAAUUCAACUUGCUGGAGUCCGACAUAAACUCAGAAAUCAAGAGCUACCAAAUGAAAACUGCUGCAGAAAUUACACGAGUUGGGGCGGGAUUCAUGAUUGCUGGAGCUCUUGUCGUCCCCACUGAAAUACUACAGCUUUCCCUGAUGGAACUUGCCGAGAAAAUUGGAUCAAGUGGUGUUGCAGGUGGGUUGACAGUAGUUGGUACUGUACUAAAAGUGACGUCGCUUUGCCUCCAGCUAGCAUGUAUUAUGCAGAACGGCAAAAAACUGCUCACGUCUCACCUUGACACUUUGGAAACUAAAUUGCGGCUAGUAAACACUGUUUACGAAGUAAAGAAAAGAGUUAUAGAGGAAGCAGUGACCGGAAGAAUGAAGUAGAAGCAUUUAGAGACUGGUGUCAUGAGAUAUAUAUACAUAUAUAUUAAUCUACUAUUAGAAGCGAGAAAGAAAGUGUUCCAUGAGCAUAUUAGAUUUUCAUAUCAGCGAAGACUACUCAUUAGGAAACUAUAGCACAUUUGACUUUUGUAAGAUGAAAAUGAGGCCCCCAUCUCUGGUAUUUUGUCUCGCGAGUAGCCUAUUGAUAGUCUUUUUUUUUUUUUGCGAACCGCAGUAUCCAAUCCCGUUAAGUCAACUUUUAUACUCGAGAGAGGGAUGCCAACGCUAGGAUUAAAAAUCAAAUUAAGUGUUCCGUAGUAAGCAGCUUUUGAGUUUUAGAAAUAUUACUGAUGAUACGCAGAAAGCUGUUAACUUUUUUAGUGAGUUGCGGGCCGUAUUUCAGUACAUGCUCAUUGCACUGUCUUUGAUGGCAUUCAAUUCCGCUGGCUUUGGUCGCGUAGUUAAACUGAUUCUUCUCUAGUGCAAAGAGUCAGUUUACACUUUGAGUGCGCGUCUUUCCUUUUGGCAAAGCCCUGAAGAUUAAGAGCAGGUAGGUGGUGGACGUCGACGAAACAAGACGGAAAAUAGUUUUCGUAGACGAACGAAAUGCUCUAUCGGUUAAUUGUACUACUGAAGGUGAAAAGAAAGGUUUGGACAGAAACAUUGUUGGUCACAGGAAAUUGUUAUUUUCGUUGUAGAUACCUUUCGCGUCACCAUUAUCCGACUUAACGUAGUAUAUGCAAUGUUCUCACCACAUCUUUAGAUCUGAAAACAGCCUACUGCAGAAUCUGAGGGAACUUAAAUAUACCAGUCCGGGAUCGUUAUCAGAUUUGAUAACCUCGACCAAAACAAACCAUUAACCAAUCGCUGCGCAAGUUUUCGUUCACGUGACAUUAUU